UGUAACUGACCAAGAGGCCGCUUUGGCUGGCAGCUGGCGGAGCUGCUGUCUGUUUGCAGUGCUGGGUGCUGGUCCUCCCGCCCAGCAGCAUCCCCGGCGGCUGUGGCUGGUGUCGCCUGGCUCUGGGUUGACGCGCGCGUGUCCUGCGGGCCACCACCGGGGCGUGCACGGGUGCCCUGAGCAUGAGCUGCGUCCUGGCGCGCAGGGAGGACCGAGGGAGGCCAGCGCCUUGGGACACACAGCACUGCUCACAGGGUUCUGCAUUCCAAACAAUUCUGGAAAGACUGCCCAGGACUGGAUGAAUAAUUAAGUUUUGAUUUUGCAUCUUCGUGAAUGAGUGAACUGAAGCAAUAAUUCUGCACUGGAAUAUGUUCUGCAAAACAUCUUUGUAUCACAGAAUAACAACCUCAUCAGAAAGAAAGGCUAGACUACACAAAGUUCCGUCAAAUCAAAUUUGAUUUUUCUUUUAGAAUAAUUUUGAAUAUUCAUUGUGCAACAAAGCUAUUCUUCUGGUAACCAGAGGAACACUUUCCAUUUCACUUUGAAAUAUUAACCCAUGCAUACUUGUAUCUACAAAGGAAAUCAUAUAAAGGUGCGUUGGUCUUAGUAGAAUAUAACACCAGGCAACGUGGUAGAUGUUGGGAAUAUGUAGAGUCUACAAACUGGACAUCGUUUCUGUCUUCAUGAAGCUUUCUGCCUACUGGAAGAAACAGUUUUUUGGUUUUUUUUUGUUGUUUUUUUUUAUCAAACAAGCACAACAAAACAUGUAGGUGCAAAAUGUGACAAGUACUCUGAGGCAGAGGAGAACAUGCUGUGUGAACAUGUAACAGGGGAGUUAGUUUCAAUGUGGGGCCUCUGUGACCACAUGGCAUUUAAAGAUUUUCAGGUUUUUUAAAUUAACUCUGGGAGCAACCUGGGUUCAGAAGAGCAUCCCAGGCAGGGAGGACAGAAUGUUAAAAGGUCCUGAGGUGGAAUGGGAAAAUCCAGUUUCUGGCUCAUGUUUCAUUCUCAAUAUUUGUUGAAUGAAUGAAUAAAUGCCACCUGAAAAAUACUUCUGCAUUGAAGCAGAAUAGUGUAAUUAAUCAUGAAAAUAAAUUUUAGCCAUUAUGAUGUAGUGUAAAUGCUUCAAAGCAUGUACUUUGUGCUGCAGGCAAAUGGUUCAGAAUAUCUAGUUUCUCAUAAUGUUCAAUUUUUUUAAAUUUUGCUUUUAGCUGUUGUUCCCUUAAAAUAGAUCAGUAAUAGAAUCUUCAGAGCUAAAUAUGUGAGCUCUGCAAAAGUGUUCCAACUUUUGUGAGAAGAUGUCUCUUGACUGGCGCCAAAAUUAGGAUGAGGGGCCCAGGUCUUAAUCCACUACAAGGGUCAUAACAUCAUGUUAUAUCACCUCAACAGGGAGUGGAAUAAGUAUUUUAGAUAUGGAAAAGUAGCUUUAAGUUUAGGUUUCAAUUUCCUUAUUUGUGAAGGGUACCUACCUUUCCUACAAUGUUUGUGAGAGUUCUGAGAACUAUAAAGUUCUCUUUUGUAAUUGCCUAAGGUAUACUUAUAUGCAUGUGUAGAUAUGGGUAUAAAACACUGAUUAUUGGAAGAGGGAAAAGGGAUUUAAAUUUAUUAAGGGCCCACUACACACCAAACGUUGACAUGCAUAGUAUAAUUUAAACCUUCAUGGUACUGCUUCGUGGUAAAUGGUAUUUUCCUCAUUUUAUAUGUGGAAAGACACAAGUAAGAAGUUAGCUAAUUUGGCCAGGAUUUAUACCCACUUUUAUCAUCAAAACCAGAGUUUCUAUUCCCCAUGUGGGCUUGAGUUCUCUGUAGCAGAGAUAGCAAGCAGUCCAGAGGUGGCAGAGCAUGCAGGCUACUUAAUCUUUCUGUGACUCCAUUACCUAAUCUGUAAAAUGGGAAUAAGGACAAAAAUAGUACCGGCCAAGAGUGAUGGUGGAAGGAAUUCAAGUAGACUAAUUUAAGAUAUACUUUAGUUAUUUGUAAAGUCAAUCAGACUUUGUAAAGGACUGGAUGCCAGGGGGGAGAAAGAAAACAUUAUAAUGGAAGACUGACAUUUCUUGGUUUGAGUAGCUGGAUAAGGGGUGACAACAUUCUUUGGAUAGGAAACAUUGGAAGGAGAGGAAACUGGCACCAGUUAGAUUUUGGAGACAUGGAAUUUAAACUACCUUUGAGACAUGCAAGUGUAUACAUCAGUUAGGCCACAGGACACAUGGAACUAGAGACAAGAGUAGAGGCCUGGGCUGAAGAUGACCUUGAGGAAUCCUUGGUGUAUAAAAUUUUAGGAGUGGAUUGGAAGAAGGGGGGCUCAGGGCCUAGCCUUGAGGAAUUCAAGCAGUGAAACUUCAAACAAAAUGAUACUUUUAAAAAGAAAAACAAAACAUAAGCUCUGAAAAAUAACAGCAGUGUUGUUAACAAACAGAAAAUUUGAAGACUUCCUAGGAGCCAGAAAGCAGAUAGGGCUGGGAAAUCUAUGAAAGAAAAAACCAGGGUAAACCAGGGUAUGGAGUGGGAGGGACCGUGGGAGCCUGGUAGCAGUUCAAGUUAAGUCAAUAUGUACAAAGAGGAGGAUUGGACCGCAGGCAACCAGUGACCAGUAUUCACCAAGCAAGCUCAGUUUGGACAUCUUGGUCAGUUUGGGCUGCCACUGGUGCCCAUCGGAUAAGGCUGGUUGUAAAGAAAAUCUGAAGAUGGACUCUAGAAUAGGUCUGAGGGCCACCACAGCAGACAGCGAUGGGUAACAAGCAGGACUGGAAGCUCCGCCAAGAGAAAAUACAUCGCAGCAUUUUGCUCCCAGAGGCACCUCUCUGUCCCAGAGGGCCAGCUGAGUCUGGGUGUGGGCUCCUCUGAGGGCACUCAGACAGGCCCUCCAAGAGAGCAAGCCAUCAGUGACAGGCCUGCAAGACAUCAGAGCAACCCUGAGAGCUAGCUGUCGAAGUCAGCCAAUAGACUCUCCAUUCAUAAAUAUGACUAGACAACUGAGGACUGCUAAGACUGUAAGGAAAACCAGCAGCAUGAAAGAGAAGAGCCAAGAAUGAACGAGCAGAAGAACUAACUCCAGAGAAAAAAAUACAUAAUUUAAGGAACAAAAGGAACCCUUGAAAACUUCCAAUCAAUAUUCUGAGAAAGAGUUAAGAAAAUAAUUACAUCUGAAAACAAACAACAAAGAACAGAGUGUACUGAACACCAACACAAAGUGGAAGAGCCUUGAGCUGAAGGUACAGUAUACUGUUUACACUGAAGGAGCUCGUGUGUGGACAAGGAAGCGCUGACGGCUCAAAUGGAUCCUGUGGAACUGGCAAAUGUCAACAUGGGACCCGAUGAUGAGAGCAGCAGUGGAGAAAGUGCUCAAGACAGCUACUCCGGGAUGGAAAACUUAGAAAAGGCAGCAAUGAGCAGUCAAUUUACUAAUGAAGAUGAUGAAAGUCAGAAAUUCCUGACAAAUGGAUUUUUGGGGAAAAAGAAGCUGGCAGAUUAUGAUGAUGAGCAUCAUCCUGGAAACACCUCGUUUGGAAUGUCUUCAUUUAACCUGAGUAAUGCCAUCAUGGGCAGCGGAAUCUUGGGCCUGUCCUACGCCAUGGCCAACACAGGGAUCAUACUGUUUGUAAUCAUGCUGCUUACUGUGGCAAUAUUAUCACUCUAUUCAGUUCACCUUUUAUUAAAGACUUCAAAGGAAGGAGGGUCUCUGAUUUAUGAAAAAUUGGGGGAAAAGGCAUUUGGAUGGCCUGGGAAAAUCGCAGCUUUUAUUUCCAUUACAAUGCAGAACAUUGGAGCAAUGUCAAGCUACCUCUUUAUCAUUAAAUACGAACUACCUGAAGUAAUCAAAGCAUUCAUGGGACUUGAAGAAAAUACGGGAGAAUGGUACCUCAAUGGCAACUACCUCGUCAUAUUUGUGUCUGUUGGAAUCAUUCUCCCACUUUCUCUACUUAAAAAUUUAGGUUACCUUGGUUAUACCAGUGGAUUUUCUCUUACCUGCAUGGUGUUUUUUGUCAGUGUGGUGAUUUAUAAGAAAUUCCAAAUACCCUGCCCUCUGCCCAAUCUGGAUCACAAUGUUGGAAAUUUGACAUUCAACAAUACAUUUCCAAUGCACGUGGUAAUGUUACCCAACAACUCUGAGAGCAGUGGUGUGAACUUCAUGAUGGAUUACACCCACCAGAAUCCUGCAGGGCUUGAUGACAACCCGGCCAAGGACUCUCUUCAUGGCAGCGGAGUAGAGUAUGAAGCACACAGUGAUGACAAGUGUCAACCCAAAUACUUUGUAUUCAACUCCCGGACCGCCUAUGCAAUUCCUAUCCUAGCAUUUGCUUUUGUUUGCCACCCUGAGGUCCUUCCCAUCUACAGUGAACUUAAAGAUCGGUCCCGGAGGAAGAUGCAGUCAGUGUCGAAUAUUUCCAUCACGGGGAUGCUCAUCAUGUACCUGCUUGCUGCCCUCUUUGGUUACCUAACAUUUUAUGGAGAAGUUGAAGAUGAAUUGCUUCAUGCUUACAUCAAAGUGUACACAUUUGACACCCCUCUCCUCAUGGUACGCCUGGCGGUCCUUGUGGCAGUAACACUAACGGUGCCCAUCGUCCUGUUCCCAAUUCGUACGUCAGUGACAACACUGUUAUUUCCCAAAAGGCCCUUCAGCUGGAUAAGACAUAUCCUGAUUGCAGCCAUGCUUAUUGCACUUAACAAUAUUUUGGUCAUCCUUGUGCCAACUAUAAAAUACAUCUUUGGAUUCAUAGGGGCUUCUUCUGCCACUAUGCUGAUCUUCAUUCUCCCAGCAGCUUUUUAUCUUAAACUUGUCAAGAAAGAACCUCUUCGAUCACCCCAAAAGGUUGGGGCUUUAAUUUUCCUCGUGGUUGGCAUCAUCUUCAUGAGUGGAAGCAUGGCGCUCAUUAUCACGGACUGGAUUUACAAUCCCCCGAAUUCCAAGCAUCACUAACCCAAAGAAAAAUACUUUCUUUUUCUACUGGAAGUGGUUACAAAUUAAGCUCCAAAGGACAUGUGAGCUAUUUUACCCCGAUGAUUGGAAUGUUAUUCAUAGGAAGUAACAAGAAGAUUCCAAAGAUAUUCACCAGUAACAUCACCAGGCACCUUCAGAAGAGAAAAUCGUCAUUUUUGUCAAGAGUGGCUGUUUAUGUGUUUAAAAUCCGUGGUGCACAUUUCUACGCAGGUUUUGCCAGAGGGGUAUAAGAUGAUGUAUUUUUGCUGUUGUACAAACAGAAUAAGGGUAGCUGAGUGUAAUGGUCAUCAGAUAGCCCCCUCCCCCUUUCCAUAGUACCAAAUGCUUGUAUUCUCAGAAUAUCAAAUGAAAUGCCCUGGUGGCAAAGCUAUCACCACUUAAUGCCUUCCCCUAAUCUUGCACUAAACACUUUGGAUCUAUUUAAUAACAGAGGCAAAAGGCACGUCUUACAAACUUGUCCCUGUAAGAUAUAUGAAUGAUCAGACACCAGGCUAGAAUAUCUUAUUGUCAACAGUAAAAGAAUAUUUUGCCCAUCCUAUUUGUGACAUUGAAUUAAUGACUUCUUCAUUUAGACUUUUUUUAAACAUUAUGAGAGGGGUCUUAUUUAAAUUAUAGAGCAACAACAAAAAUAAUGCUUAUAGCUAAACUGCCUGUUCUGGAAGCAUUUGCUUUUUCAUAUUAGUCUUAGUCCUCUUAUCAUACUUUUAUUAUUGAACAAUGCUCUCCCUCUCGUCUUCCAUUCUCAUUCAGAAUUUUUAGAAGACCACAAUUCAUGUGGAGGUACACUACCCAGUAUUGUUUGAUACAUUUUUAUUUGAUAAACAUUCAGUGCAGGAAACUGUGAUUGCUAUAUGUUUGUGUAUAUAAUCUUAUUCUGUAGUCACCAGAAUUUUAAUGUAUGGUACAUCUGAUUUUUAUUUUUUACGUGUGUAGUUUGUCUCUCAUUACAGUCAAAACAUUUAUAUUAUUUGGGGUGAGGGCAGGGAAUUAAGUUGAUGGGCUCAAAAAUCCAUUUGUAUGUAUCUGUCUAUUGGGGAUAUUUUAAAUUUGAAACCUAAGUUAUACAUAGCUCAGUAAUGUUCUUUUUCAAUGUUUACAGUAAUAUCAUAAUCACCUACAAGAAAAUAAGUUCUUAUUUGCAAAUAAUUAUUAAUAAUACUGUUCAUUUAAUUUAGCAUAACUACAAUAGCAUUUAGUUCAUUAUAUCUUAGACAGGUGUUUGCUGACAUUUAUUUGCCAUUUACUACAAUGUUGAGUGGUUCUCCAUAAAAAUAAAUGCUAACACUACAAGGAGAAGCAAACUAUUAUUUUUGCUCACUUCUACAGCAUACAUGAAAUGGAUUUAAAAAAUAGUACUUACCGCCUGGAAUUUCUGGAGUUUGCUACUUUUUUUUCAAAUCAGUAGCAAGAACAUUUGUUCUAUAUUUUAUAUUUUAGUAAAGCCAAGUAUGAAAUACAAGUAUCAUAUAAGUAUGAUAAUAUUAAAUCAUAUUCUAAUAGUUUUUCUGGAAUGUGCUAUAAGAAAAUAUAUUUGUUUUAUGUAUUAUUUUCUAGAGGCACAAUACUGUAAAAUGGUGCACUUUUUUAUGGAAAUUGAACAUUACUAGAAACUAUCAUAACUUUUAAGUUACUAUUAUUGGAAAAAAUUUUCCAAACAGCAUCUUUAAGAUGUAUUUUCAUUCAUCUAAAGAGAUAGCAGGUGGAAAAGUUGCUUUCUGAGUGUUAAAAAAAAGUUUAAUCUGAAUGUUUUUAAAUGUAAAUAUCAAUAAUUAACAAAAAAGUGGAAAACUGUAAAAUCUGUAUAUAUUUUGAAUGUUUUACAUUUGAAAUGACUAACUUAAAAAUGUCAACAUAUGUAAUUAUAUAAAUACUCAAGAGCAAUACUACAAUGCCCCAUAAUGAAGCACCAUUUCUUUCUCAUGGCCAUUUCGGGAUGAAUUCAGACUGCAGGGCAGACAUACAUAUGGUUAAUUUAACCCCAUUUGUAAACAGAUAAAAAUUUUAUUUUCUUAUUUCAUUUAUAAGAUGGUUCAAUGUAUUGGGAGGCUUUUUUAUUACAGAAAGUGUAUAUUGGUAUAUAAUAAAUGAACUUUUCAAAAUGAC